GACACAUCCGCGACCACGUGGUACAGCAAGCGACCAAUGGGGUUGAGAUUCGUGGUGUUCCAGCGCUGGAACGCGGGGCACUGUGGUUGUUGUCACUGGCUGUGGAGUACUGGAGCGGUGGCGGUGCCCGUGGAGUCAGGACAAUCCCGGAAAAAUGGCGAGUGCACAGUCGGCCCUGACGCUCGCAGUGUGUAUCCUGAUGAUAACGGAGCUGAUACUCGCCAAACGGGACUACUACGACAUUCUGGGCGUGCCGAAAGACGCCACCGAGCGUCAGAUAAAGAAGGCCUUCCACCGGCUAGCCAUGAAGUACCACCCGGACCGGAACAAGAGCCCCGACGCAGAGGCCGAGUUCAGGGAGGUCGCCGAGGCGUACGAGACGCUGUCGGAUGAGAGGCGGAGGAGGGAGUACGACCGGUUCGGCCCCCAGGCGUCCCCGGGCGAGGGCUCGGAGUCCGGGGGCGGGCAGCGCUUCCACCAGCCCUUCAACUUCAACUUCGACGACAUCUUCAGAGACUUCGACGUCUUCGGGCAGCACCAGCAGGCCCGGCAGAAGAAGCACUUCGACAGCGCCUUCCAGGCCCACCAGGAGGCGCACAGCCGCCACAAGCGCGCCUUCCGGGGCUCGUUCGGCGGCGGACUGUUCGACGACGUGUUCGAGGACAUGGAGAAGAUGUUCACCUUCAACAGCCACUCCGCGCGGACUGAGAGCCGCUUCCAGGGCUCGGCUAAGCAGUGCCGGACUGUCACGCAGCGCCGCGGCAACAUGGUCACCACGUACACCGACUGCUCCAGCUCCUGAGGCCCGGCCCCGGCCCGGCCCGGGGGGGCGCGCGGAGGCCCUGUUCGCCGGAGCGUGUUCUGAGGGUUAGGGUUAGACGUGUGUGCUUCUACCAGGCCGAAAUGGCGGCAGUGACUUCCGAGUGCUGGUCUCUGAUGUAGGAGGCGGUACCAGGUCCUGGGUCCAGGGAGUCUGGGGGGAAAAGGUGACGGGAGACGGGAGAACAGGCUCACACUUCCUGCUGUAAAUGAUCCCGCCUCCUCGCUUUCUUGAUUGGUUCUAUCAGGCGCCCAAUCACGUCUAACGCUGCCCUCAGAACACGUUCCAGUAAAUAUGAGUCGUACGUGUGAGCGGAACACCUCAGCACUUGAAGACAUCCCAUUGGUCCCUGUGGCGGGGUGGGAGGGGCGGGCAUGUUUUAUCAAAAUAAUUUAAUUUCUGCUGUGACUGGAGUAAAGUUCUUUUUUUUUUUGGUUUUUGUUUUUUUGCUUGGGGUGGAAAACCAUUUUUAUUGGCAGUGAAGGCCAAUAAAGGCUUGGGUUCUUCUGUUGUCAAAUAAUUCCAAACACACAGAAAAAGGUUUGCCAAAUAUGCAAAAUUCAAAGUUCCAUUUCAUACAGUUGAACAGUUUAAAGCUAUUUUUGUUGUGAGCAAUAAUUCAAUGUUUUUUGCAUUUAUUGGCAUCUAAUUGACAUCCAUUUCCAAUUCCAAGGCAGUUAACAGACUGACUGAGGUUCUUCAUGAACAACAAUACCACAAAAAAGCAAGUUCAACUUUAAUUAUAUUGUGAAAAGGAGACACAAUAUAAUUACAAAACUUUAACCGUGUUUGCAAUGGUUUUAUUGAAGUAGUAAAAAAAUAGGAGGCUUUUGUUUUUUCUUUCUUGGCGCCACUGCACAAACUAAGGUGUGUUGAAACCCCUGCAGGUUAAAAUAAUAAUAAUUGUGAUUUAUCGCCUGUCGAUGGUGCUUAAUUGAAGGUGUUGGAGAAGACCACACUAUAUCAGUCAUCACAUUCAGGUUCCUGAUUUUCUCUGUUAUUCAUUUCAAAUAUGAGUUGAAUUUAAUGCUAAACAAUGCCGCAUACAACAUAGAGGAUUACGUAAGAUAUUGUGCGUCUGGAUCUUCCAUACCAGUUUAUUCUCAGGAAGGCAUGGGAAAAAGCAUACCUUUUAGAGCGCAGUGUCCCUGUUUUUCAUGUUGGAUCUUCUUGCUCUUCUCUCUGUAGUUCAUGUCUGAAGUGAACACCACCUCGUUAAUACACAUGAAUACUCCAUUUUGCCCAGAUGUUAUGUCGACUUUCUUGAAAGUACCAUCAGGGUGCUUGAAGGUAAUAACAUUGUUAUACAAGUGGCUUUCCAGGAUACAAUGGAAUGUUUUUUUCUUUUUUUUUUUCUUUUUUUUUUUUUAAAUACAGCUUUUAUAACUCCCUGUUCAUAUUUCGAGUACUUCAAGGGUGUGUGUGUGUGACUCAACAAUGGGGGAAAAAAACACAAUAUGUUACUUCCUGUUCGUGUAGUGUAGUCAUUUUCAGUAUCGCCCAGUUACUGAAUUUAAAAAAAUAAUGACAUGGAAAAGCUAAUGCUGCCUGUGGGUAUAAUUACCUCUGAAGAAAACUUGAGAGAAGCAAUAUUUGGAUCAGUAUCCAAUUUGUGAACUUUUUUUUCCCCCCACCUCCAUUGUCAAGACACUUUUUUAUGAGAAGGUUACAUCAGCAAAAUGAUAACUGUUGAAACAUGUUCUGGUUGAUGUUUUGGUUUUUUAAUGAUUGAAGACAAAAGAACAUGAGAAAUGUAAGCCCUACUGGAUGCAUUUAUGCUUAGGGAGUGGGGUGGGAAUGUAAGCUACUUGUUUUAGACUAAUAUCAAAAUGAUUUCUAGAAGGCUUGGACCUUUCCCCAUUGUAGUAGGGUAACUGAAUUGAAUCUUAUAUAGCUAAAGACAACCAUGUAAUCACCUGGGGCCAGUUUCACAGGCCGAUUAAGUUUAGUCUUGGACUAAAUUGAGUUGUUUGGAAAAUCUUCAUUCAACAUUGAAUUUAGUCUUGGACCCUGGCUUUCACUCCUGGUCCAGGAGAGCCACUGGGUGUGCUAGUUUUUAUUAGUUUGAACCUCAAUAUCGACACAACCAAUUCAGACCCAAGAAACCAGGUGAGGUGAGUUAACUGUGAUUAACUGCUUUAAUUGAUCAAUUAAGUACUCAGUAACAACGAAAACCAGCACACCCUGCGGCUCUCCAGGACCAGGAGUGAGGACCACUGGACUAGUACUAGGUUUAAUCAGUGUCUGUGAAACUGGCCCCUGAUGUUCUACCUUAAACACACCAACUGUUACCUCAUUUACUAUCCUUAGCUGUCUCUGUCCUCCCAUAUACGUGCAAUAUAUUGAGCCAGCUCUUCUCCUCUUUAAUUUCCAUACUGCUUGUGUUACCUGCUGGCCUCCUGUUGUGGACUUUAAAAUACAAGUAGAUUGUCUUGCACUUUCAUUAUUUUAAUCUUAUGAAUUAAAUGAAUGCACAUUUAACAACAAUGUUAAAGGUAUUAUUGUGCAUCUGUUUGGAAAAAUAAACAUUGAUGCCGCUA